AUGUCGGCAUCCGACUACUACAACAACAACAACAACUCAUACACGCACCCUCAAAACCAAGGGCAGCAGUAUCAAGGCCAACCAUACCAGGGCCAACCAUACCAGGGCCAACCAUACCAGGGCCAGCCUUACCAGCAGCCACCGCAGUACCAGCAAUACCCACAGUACCCGCCUACCCAGCAGCAGCAACCAUCCCCCUACGCCUCGCAGCAGCAGCUGGCGCCGUACGACCACGACGCAAAGCGCCCUACGUCUGCGCACUCGGCUUCGUCGCACCAGCCCCAGCAGCAGCAGCAGCAGCAGUACUACCAAGACCCGAACCGCGCAGGCGGGCCCUCCUCCGCCCAGCACGCCGGCGAGGCCGGCGAGCGCGGUCUGAUGUCGACCGUGGUGGGCGGUGCGGGCGGUGCGUUCCUCGGCAACAAGGUCGGCAACGGCGGCAAGCUCAAGACGAUGCUGGGGGCCGUCGCCGGCGCCGUCGCAGCGAAUAUUGUCAGCCACAAGAUCAAGGACCACAGGCAGGAUCACCAGCAGCAGCAGCAACACCACCACCACCAAGGGGGUCAUCAUCAGGGUGGAGGCAGCAGCAGCAGCAUCAUCAUGGUCAUCAUGGCCAUCACCACGGGCAUCAUGGCCACCACGGUCACCACCAUCAGUCUGAUUAUGGUUCCCAGGGGCCACAUCAUCAUGGACAUCAUCACCAUGGGCAUCAUCACGGUCACCACCAUGGCAACGGGGGUCGACAAGCCCAUCAAGAAGUCCUGCAGCACCAAGCAUCGCCGCGACGGCAGGGGCAGUGACACCUCGACCAUGUCGCAGGACAAGUGGUGCCAAGUCCACCAGGUAUCCUAUUCUGGGACGUGCUGCACCUUCUGCAUCGACGCCAGUGACCGCUUUGACGACCUGGGCCGGCUUGGCUCUGCUGACGGACUGAUUUCUGCGGAGAAACAGGGUGACUGCGACGGCCUCCACCAUCCCUCGAUGAUGAACUAA